AAUGUACUUAACCAAAACUGUAGCAAACUGCAACCCCCUGCAGGUGUUUAUGUCACAAGUCAGAACAGAAAUACUUGGUGCAACUGGGCUCCUUUUGAUGGAGAUGAUGCCAAUGAGCUAUUAGGAUAUUUGGAUUCAGCUUUUUUGUUUACUUAUGCCUUCUUUAUGUUUGUAAGUGGUUUUGUUGCCGAACGUAUGAACCUAAGAUAUUUUCUUGCUUUUGGAAUGCUGAUGAGUGGAUUCUUUACGUACUUGUUUGGAUUGACGUAUGGUCAAAAUAUUCAUUCAUUUACAUAUCUGAUUUUUGUUCAGGUUCUCGGUGGGGCAUUUCAAAGCACAGGCUGGCCUAGUGUCGUAACUUGCAUCGGAAACUGGUUUGGAAAAGCUAGACGAGGACUUUUGUUCGGAUUAUGGAACUCCCACCUCUACGUAGGAAACAUACUGGGUGCAUAUGUGGCAGGACUGUAUGUUGAAGUCAACUGGGGUUAUUCAUUUAUUAUUUGUGGAGCAAUUGUUGGCACUGCAGGGUUUUUAAUCUUUCUUUUCCUUGUACCUGAUCCAGAAGAUGUUGGAUGUAAGCCUCCAGUGUAUCACCGUGCAAGUUUUUUAGAGUCUACUGAGGGUACUCCUCUAAUAUACCAGAAUGACAAACCAAACCCACAGUUAUCCAAUUCAGAUAAAGAAGCCAUCACCUUUUGGGAAGCUUUGAAGAUACCAGGUGUCAUUGAGUUUUCGUUAUGCCUCUUCUUUGCUAAGCUAGUCAGUUACACGUUCCUCUUUUGGUUACCAAAAUUCAUUUAUGCCUCAACACCAUCAGGUUCACAAGAAUCAGCCUAUUUAUCAGUACCGUUUGACAUUGGAGGAAUUAUUGGAGGAGUUCUUGCAGGUUACAUUGCUGACCAGACAGGUGCCAGUGCAGUAACUUGUGUUUCUCUUCUUGGAAUAGCUGUGCCAACUCUUUUUUUAUAUGAUGCCUUUGGAAGUGUCUGCACUCUCAGUAAUAUAGUUCUUCAGGUGAUAGGUGGAGCUGCAGUUAAUGGUCCUUAUGCUUUAAUAACGACAGCAGUGUCUGCACAACUGGGAACACAUAAGUCACUGAUGGGAAAUGCUAAAGCUGUAGCAACCGUUACUGCCAUUAUAGACGGAACAGGAUCUAUCGGAGCUGCGAUUGGGCCACUUUUAGCUGGUGUUAUCUCCAAAACUAGUUGGAAUAAUGUUUUCUACAUGGCCAUGGUAUCUGACUUUCUAGCAGUUUUGACACUUCUACGAAUCAUGCAGCAUGAAGUGAGACGUCUUAAACGAAAAAAGAUGAAUUUGUGGGUUUAGUAAGAUAUAUUUUGGUAAUAUCAUCAUCAUCAUUCCUUAACAUUUGAUUGUCUCCUAAUGUAUAUGUGAAUUUUUUUUCAAGGAAGAUUUUUGUCCAUAAUAAAUGAUCUAAAGUGCUUCACACCAGAAUAAAAAGAAAACUUGUCUGCCCAUCAUAUUUGCUUUCUGAUGGGUGUUUGAAUUCUUAUGUAUAAAAAUUUGAGAAAAUAAUGCAUUCGAAGAGAUUUCAAAGCUUAGCCGUUCAGUAGCGAGACUUCCAACAAGUGAUACAAUACCAGAAAAGUACAAAAUUCUUUAUUUUGAGUGUACAUUUUUCUAAAUUUUGGUUUACUAAUUUUUAUUUAGACUUUUGUGUAAGAUCAUUCUGAUUCUAGAGUUUUUUUUUUAAAAAAGUUUUAUGAUUACAAAUACUUGAUAGAAUGUAUUAUAUGUAAUUACACUUGUAAAUGUUUCUGCUCUUGUACGAAAUCAUACAAAGUUGAAAUGUUUAAUAAGGAUUAUCUUCCAACAUCUAUAACUUAUUAAUAAAACUUUGUAUUUUUCAGUUGCAAUUUUUGUUAAACACUUGUGAAAUAAAAGUGACAUAACUCCUAAAUUUUGUACAUAUUUUUUUCUAAUGUAAGCUAAUAUGGUAUUGAUUAAAUUUGACUUUUGUUUCCCUAAACAUUUUACAUUCAUCAACAGUUUGAUCUGCACUGUAAUUGAAUGUAUCUUGUUGUUGUAUUUUAACAACUAAUAUCUUUGACGAAAGACAGCAAUUUUGGGGUUUGAUGAAAACAGGUAAAGCAUAAACAACUGAAUAGUUUUGGUGAUGAAAUGGAAAACAUAUCAUAUACAAUGAGAUGUAUUAGGCCAACAAUAAUGAUACUAACUCCACUGCUAGAUAUACCACUGAUAAAAACCCAUAAAAUAAGUUAGUGAAUGUAAGAAAGAGGACUUGUUCAAAUUAGAAUGUACAUUUUGUCCUAAAUCCUGAAGUGUGUAUUAACAAAUUAAGCACACACACACACAUAGUGUAUAUGAACCAGUUGUAUAGAACAAAAAGUGAUUAAAAAAUAAAAACAAGCAUCUACAUUUUAUUUUAACAAACUGGAAGAAUUUUAAUUACUAACUUCAGUUUUAUUUGUCCUGCUGGCUCAGCAAGAAUGCAUCUAAAGAUGAACCACUUACUCCACAUAACUAACAGUUUUAAACUACUAAAACUAUACAAGUUUGCUCAUGGUGUACCUAUUUAGACACUAGAGCAUAGGCACCCACAGGAAUAGACAAAAGGGGGCAUUUGACUC